GCGCAGCAGUAACAAAUAGCAUUGUACUGUAGCAGGCGGUGUAUGUGUUGUGAGGAGAUGAUAUGCUUCGACGCCCCUGUGCCUGCGUUUUGACGGCUCAUAUUCCAAUUUAAGCCGACAAGUAUAGGUUACGGUUUGGUAAGGGACCAAUUCCCCUGUGCCCCUCUUUAUAUUUACAGUCGCGUUAAUUUCUUCAGCAACUAGAUAGCGGGGAGCGGAGAGGCAACAACCAUCGGUAUUGAAUGUUGGUAAGCAGGCUCCAGUCCAUUGGGUUUUGACGCGGAUUCUCGGGCUGCGCUGCAUUGCUCGCGAGUACUGUAAUCGCAGCUGAGAUAUGGACGCUAUUCUGUGAAGCAUGCUGUACUGACAAAUGUUCUCCUCCCGGACAACAAAAACUGAAGUGGCCGGCUGGUUGGUGAAGCUGUGACCUAUGCAGGGUUGUCUUGGGUAAUGGUCCAGGGGCUGUGUCCUUCUAGGAGGGUAUGCCUGUAUCCCACCAUGCCGCUGCUGGCAGAAUGGCUGCUGUGCCACUCCUUGGUGGCAUGUCUGCUGCUGCAUAGCCUGGCACUCAGCUCCACCACCGCGGGCCUCCACGGUGCAAACACCGGCUGCUCCGAGAGCUGCUACUGCUCCGAGUCGGCAGACGGCGGGAGGGUGGUGCGCUGCAGCAACAUGCGCCUGGCGGAGGUGCCGCAUGACCUGCCUAACGACACCCGCCGACUUUACCUGGACGGUAACCUCCUCACCACCAUCCCCGCCAACGCCUUUGCGGGGCUUCCUUUGCUCAACGAGCUGGACCUCUCCCACAAUGAGCUAACUCAGAUGGAGCCCGGGGCUUUCCGGGGUCUGGUCCCCUCUCUCAGGAGCCUGGACCUAUCCUCUAACAGACUGACCACCCUGGAGCCAGAGGUCCUGGGGGGCCUGAGGGCCCAGGCCAACCUCACCCACAACCCCUGGCACUGUGACUGCCGCCUCCAGGUGGCUAUGCCCCGGCUGGACCUGGAACCGGCCUCACUGGCUGGCGUGGUGUGCCACACUUCGGAGCCCAAGGACGUCGGCGUAGAUACAGGGGUGCCCUUCGUCAUGGUUGCGGCCGACCUGGACCUGUGCGCAGGGCUCAAGAGGACCACGGACGUGGCCAUGCUGGUGACCAUGUUCGGCUGGUUCGCCAUGGUCAUCUCCUACCUGGUGUAUUACGUCAGGCACAAUCAGGAAGACACACGGAGACACCUGGAGUACCUCAAGUCCCUUCCCAGCAAACUGGACAGACCAGAGGAGUCCUCUACACUCAGCACAGUGGUGUGAGAAGUAAAAUACCAGACCUUUGUCAAGUACUUUCACAUUCUGAAAAUGUGCUUGAUUGAGCUUGAUUGUUGUGCAAGGAGGUAGAGUUUGCACUUUUGGGACUAUUCUAUUGUAGUCGGUAAGCUAAAUCAAGCGAACCUGUAGUAUUUUAAAGUAUUUGACAUAUAUUUACCUAAGUCAGGUGGAGACAAAGGAAAUAACAGCCAAACACCUCAAAAGGAUCCAAAAAGGAAAUGCCCAAACUUGGAAAUAGACCGGGAUACUAGUGUACUGUACAAGUUUUCAACCUGUUCAUCACCAGUAAUCCAUUUGAAACACAAUACCUCACGGUAACGUUUCAUUCAAACAAAUUCACACUCUUUGAUAAAUGAAUGCCAUUAAAUUAGAAAAAAAAAUUACAUAGCUGUUUGUUAUACAAAAUAAGGAAUUAUUUUACACAUACAUUUGUGAAUAUUCUAAAUGUAUUUGCAAAUCAGUCUCAGUCUUUAUGUAAGAUUCUCUGUAUUUCAAAAUGAUUUAAUUCCAACAAGGUAUUGAACGAUUGUCAAAUGCAUAACUAUUUCACAAUGGACUGCCGAGGGCACCGUUUUGUUGUUAUUCAGGAAUGCAUGACGUCAUAAAAUGUCCCCAUAUUAGUCAUAAUACUGUGCUUGGCAGUAUAACAGAGACUGCAUUGUUCUUCCAGCAGCUGCACUCAUUGAUUGUUGGAUCUAUAUUUUCUGGAUGAGAACCCCAUGUAAUCGUCAAACAUUUUACCAGAAAGAAUAAAAUCAUGAAAUGCUCCUUCA